CAUCGCAAUGUAUCGCCUGGCUAUCCUCUCGGACUGUGGCAGCGCUGUUCUCGGCUGACUCACCCACCCUCACCCUGCGGUUGGGUGGCUUACCUCAACACGAUUUUUUCGUCCCGAGUAGACAACUUACAGCUGUGCGCAGUGCAUCGCGGUAUUGCUUCCCAAGGAACGUGGUAGUGUUCCCCGACGUCUCUAAUAGCCACGCAGCUUCGACCCGCACAUCCCGGCGGGCCAUCAGUGUUCCGCUACAAGCCGUGGAUGCUCGGCGCGAUUUUUUGGAGCGGCGCGCGAAGCAUCCAGCGGAUUUUUUUUUUACUUUUAACGUAAAAUCGUUGUUGUGAAGCCCUGCAUAGUAGCGUGUGCACUUGUAGGCGCCCUUGCGUUGACGACGCCUCAGGACCACAAACAAGUGCAACUGACGUCGACCGUGGUAGGGAUAUAUACGUGCAUCGGUGGUCAUCGGCAUCAUGGAUAUUAGAAAGUCGUCGAUCUUCAACAUCGCCCAAGAUGCGCAGGUGUCCAUUAACUUGCAGGGACGGCAGUCGUUUGAGCAGACUGGCAUGGAAGCCUUCGGGCUCAACAUGGAGAAAAUGCCGGAUAAGGUUCUGCUAAAGAUAUUCUCCUACAUGAGCCAUGGCGACAUCAUGCGCAUGGCACGUGUCUGCAAGAAGUGGCGACUGGUGGCAUAUGACAGCCGUCUCUGGCAGGUGGUGUCCUUCAGACCCGAAUACAACGGACUACAGGUUUUGAGUCUAGAGGCGCUGCUGACGUUGAUUAGCGUGCGUUUCGGGCCGCUGCUACGCUACAUAGAGCUACCGAUGGAGCUGAUCACGCCCGCCGUGCUGCACGAACUAGCCACCAAGUGCCCCAACCUGCACAACCUCACGCUGGACUUCUCCACAGCCAUGCAGCUUCACGAUUUCAACGAGCUUAGAGAGUUCCCCCAGCAUCUGACGCACAUGACGAUUUGCCUAUCCGAGGUGAUCUUCAUGGAAGGUUUCAUGAGAAAGAUCUACGGAUUUGUUGCCCUGCUCGAGGUUAUGCAUCUUGUAGGCACCUACGAGAGAAUUGAUCAGGAGGAGGAGAUAUACGAGGUCAUCAACAUCCACAAAUUGAAAAGCUACAUACCCAACUUGCGCAUGGUAAACAUGUACGGAGUGAGCUUUGUCGACGACAGCCACGUCGAGUCCAUCUCGAGCAACUGCAUCCACCUGGAGGGCUUGGCCGUCAACUUCUGUCUGAAGUUCAAAGGUUCUUCCCUGAAGACGCUGCUGCAGCGAUGCAGAAAGCUGAGAACACUGCUAAUGCAGCAUACAGACUUACAGGACGAGUACCUGAUGAACGUGGAUUGGGCGAAGACGGCCAUAGAGAAUGUGGAUGUAUCGUCGACGCUGCUGUCAGCGGAAGCCUUGACAGACAUGUUAACUCGAGUCCCGGGGAUCGUAUGGUUUGCUGCUGCACAUGUUGACGGCAUGAAUAGUUCGGUCGUAGAACAGAUCCUCGAGCGCGCCGACUUGCGCCACCUAUCGGCGAUCGACGUCAGUCACUGUGAGAACCUCAGCGAAGACGUGCUGCUGAAGCUGCUAAGGCGCAUCGCUCCGCAACUGCAGGGCAUGCUGCUGGGCGGAUUCCCGCAGCUGCUCGAGCAGUUCUGGAUGUGCUUACUGCCGCUGCUCAAGAACAUCAAGUGA